GAGCUAUUAUUGUUGACAGUUCUCGGAGAAAGCUUCUUGCAGCUGUUGCGAGAAACAAACGCUUUCUUCGCGCAGCUACUCGACUGUUUAUUUUCCCCGGAGCAUUUAUACUUGCGCUUGUGGAAAUUGAGUAGAAAUUUCCUUGAGAGUAGCGAUUUUCACGGAAUUCCGGUGUUAAAGGGGCUGGACGCAGAACGAAGAAAAUGAGCGGUCGAUCACAAAUGACGGCGAUGAAUGGGAAGAGACCAUCCUCUAUCCCAUCGCGACAUCAAUCAGAAACCGUAGCUCAACAUUUUGAUUUAAUUAAGUAUAUUUAUGAUUCAUGGAACACAGUAUCCAGAGAAUUGGAUAUGUGUCAUAAUCAACCACAUAGUAAUUCUUCUAAUUAUAGAAAUGGAGCAUCUGUUACAUACUAUCAAGAACGAGAACCUAAUCCACAACUCAAGGAUUUUGAACCUUUCAACCUUGAAGCCUGGUGGGGACAACGAGUUGUUCAAAGUAUUACUAGGAAUGCAAAUUCCUAGUGCCAGGCUCAUCGUAUUGAUUAUAAUCGAACAUUCUCAAAUAGGCAUAAGAAACAGAAAAGAUAAAUUCAGAGCUGCCGGAGAAGAAACUUUUUCCAUUUCUAGAAACAAUUAAUUGUAUACUCAAACACAAAUAACGAGAGGAGGUAUAGGUAUAGGUAUAAAUAAGUAUCUAGCAAUCAAUUUUGAAUCUUUUUGAUAACAAAGUAGGAUAUUAGCAAAUAAUCAAAGAAUAUGAAUGAGAAAAGAAAGGGAAAGAGCAGGGUUUUGAAAUGGCAUUCCUCUGAUGUGUUAUCAUAUUUUAAUAUAAUAUUGCCUUUUCCUGGAUCUUUUUACUCGUCGCGUUUUUAAAAGUAUUUUACUCGGAUGAUUGGAUACAAGCCUGUUUCUGACAUUGUCUUUUUACGAUUUGAGAAUCAACGCAUAAAUAUUAAGAUAUAUAGUGCAUGCCGAAGCUAUUUAUUUUAUUUGCCAAAAAGCAAACGUAAUUGUAAGAGAUAGUUUGUUACAAAUGAAAAUUUUUUCGUUGUUACUUAACGGUAAACUUAGUAUAAUUAUUGAUCUUUUUAUCUAUUUGUAAUUAAAACUUGAAUACGGAAUGACGAACGGAGGAAAUUAUGGAUAAAAAGAAAAGUUCCAUCUAUUUCGAUCGAAGGAAUUAUACCAGAGACAAGCUGAGCAUUUACCACUUAAAGUUUAUGCAUAUGCGUAUUUUUCCAGAGAUUGCAUUUCACAUUUUUAAUAAAAAUUUUCCAAUUUACACAAAUGUAACGAGAUCGCACUUCAAUGUAAAAAGAUAAGUACGUUCUGAGAAUAUCUAAAAGAAAGUUAAUUCACGUACAAUAAUGUAGUAAAACGCACCUAUAUCUUUGGCAACAAACGAGAAUGUUUAACUUUUACUCAAAAUAGUGUGAUAUAUACAUAUAAUAUAUUACAGUUUUAAAUAUGAUUAAACAUUAGCUAUGUACAUUUAUUAUAUAUGUAUGUAUGUAAUGUACAACCGUGCGUGUAUAACUAUCUGUAAGAUUCACCUCGUAACACAUUUUUUAACGACUAACGUUUUUCUAAACACGUGACAUCUUUACUAAUUGCUGCUAGCGGUAUUUUUUUAUGUACAAUUCAAUACUAUGAGUAUUACUACGGUUAUGAUAAACCUACUUCGAUACUGUUACGUGUUACGAACAUUGUUGUAAUAUUAGGAAUUCGUGCACCUCGAAGAACGAUAGGCAUUGUUGUGCACAGCGUUAUUGAGUCAGUAUCUUGAUAUAAUCAAAUAUUUCACUAUUGUCACAGAAUUGUGAAUCUUUACUAAUCAUGAUUUGUGCUUGACUUAAUGCGUUAGAUUUUAAAGUCCUGACCGUUCGUUCCAGGUUCCAGAGACUUCUCUCUAUCGCACGUUUUUCACUAUUGAGCAUCUAUAUUUGAUUAAAUAAAAUCUACAUUUUGUACCGGUCAUGAUGAUAAAAAUCAAUGUACUUUUCUCAAUUGUAUUGUAUGAAAUAUAAUAUAAGUAUAUAGACCAA